AUGCAUGGCAAUGUCGGCGAGAGGCUUGAGCGGACCUUGACGGCGGUGUACAACCCCCGGGACAAGCCAACGUUGCCAGACGAGCUGUUGUACGACGACAUUGGUCUGCCAAUCUGGAACAAAAUCAUCUUCACUCCAGAAUUCUACCAGACGCAUGACGAGAUUGAAUUGUUUCGCCAGCAUGGCGCCGAAAUUGUGGCGCGCCUCAGCGCGGGGACAACGAUCAUCGACCUCGGCGCGGGCGAUACCCGAAAGGUUGAACAUCUGCUGGCUGCAUUCGAGUCGGCCAGUAAGCCCGCGACGUAUCUCGCUCUCGACAUUUCGAAGGCAUCCUUGGCCCACAACAUUGCGUAUUUGGUGGACAAGCAUCCCGAUUCCAGUUCGAUGGUCAGUUGCGCAGGGCUGUGGGGGACGUUCCAGGACGGUAAAGAGUACGUCGACAACAUUGAGUCGCCUCGCCUCUUUGUAUCGUUGGGUUCGGUCCUCUGUAAUGAUCCAUGGUUGCAAGCUCUGAAUCACCUGAAGUACUGGGCCCAAGGCAUGAAACCACACGAUCUACUCUUGGUCGGCAUGGAUGGCCAUUUGCUCCCCAGUGACGAGGAAAAGAUCUGGGCAGCGUACCAUUCCCGGGACGACCUGUAUCGCAGGUUUUUUCUGAACGGCUUCGAACACGCGAACCGCUUGGUAGGCGAAAAUUGGUUUCGCGAACAGGACUGGGAGUUCCUCGCUCAGCUGGAGAGAGAGCCAACGACACGUCAUCGGUUCUUCUUCCGGGCGAAGCGUGACGUGGUGCUGGGGAAGCUUGGUCGAGUCAUCGACGCUGGCGAGGAACUCGAUUGGUUUGAUUCCCACAAGUAUGGCGAGGACAGCGUCAGGCUUAUGUGCGCAAAGGCCGGCUUGACUGUCGUGGACGCCUGGCAAGCGCCGGACUCGCAAUUUUUCCAGUACCUAUUGAAGAUCAAGGACAAGGAGGACCAGCGAGAAGACGCCGAUAGUGCGGUGUCGGGUCUGUCCUAG